CCAGGCCAGUGUCAAUCAGUGUCAGUAGCCUCUUCUUGUUACCACGUUGUCUUUACAUGGAUGGGAGCAGUCAUCCGAUCCGGAGGGAGCGGGUCCUCAUCCAAGGAGUCUGUCAUGUUGCACCGUCAUGUUUCUACAGUAGCCCAGAAUGGACAAACCUAAACACUGGCUCAAGACAGAACUUGUCGUGUUAUGGCAUUUGUGAUUCAAUUGUACAGCAGAUUUCUCUUACUCUUAGCCACACAUAGUCCUAGACUAGUAGGCCUAUCUUUUAAGCGUUGUUAUUACACAAAGGCUGAAAUAAGUGAGUGUAGAUUAAUACAUUUACUAAACUUCCAAGCUCUACAAUUUCUGUUAAGCAAGGCAUUAGCAAUAAGCAACACCCAGCUUAAUUCCCACAUUUAUACAUUGUACUGUGUAUGAUUUUCAUAUUAGACUGCAUCACUUUGCAGACUCCUUGCAGUUUAGGCCUCCAGACUAGAGAUAAGAUAGGUGUGGGAGAUAUGAUGUGUGAUGGGGGUAUGUUGUGCAAACUAUGAAGUGUUGACUAGCGACCAGUUUUUAUAUUAUCCUACGUGUUUUAUGUAAAUAUAAAAAUGUAUUUCAUUUUUUUAAAGAUAAAAACUAUGAUACAUAUAAUUGUAUUAAUAAAAUAUGAUUUGAUAAAAUAUAAAGCAUACUUACAUGCACUUAUUUUGCCUUAAUGUACAAUUCAAAGUGCAGCACUGAUAUACGGGUGUUAUAUGUAUAUUAAAUCUGUUCAUCCAAGUAUAUAUUUAAAUCACAUUAAAAGUGUGCUAGAAGAUAUAUUUUGAAAUGCAUUACUUUAACUUUAACUUGUUUCAAAAACAAUCCAAACACAGUCCUCGCUCUGUAAAUGGAAAACAAACAAAGUGGCUCAGGCCAAGCCAUACACUCUUCUAGCCAAUCAACACGGAAGGGAUAUAAUUUGAGCUCAAAUAUCAACAUUUUACCAGAAUCGUGGACUGUGCCUUUAAGUAUUAAGUACUGUGUUGUACUAUUAACAAAUAAUUUUUUCACGAUUUCUUAAAUGUGGGUUACGUCAAUAGUAUGAAUAGUAUAGUAGUAUUGCAUUGCAGUGAGUGUGUCAUCAGAUUAUGUCAGUGAAAUUAUCUAGUGAUCUUUUAAUAAUGAGAAAUGACACCAAACACACACUGAUCGCUGCAAAGAGAAAACAAGCAUGAUGAAGUUGUUGUCUGUUUACUAUCCUGGUCCUUCAACCCGGUGACAUACCUCAUAUUAGUGACUUUGUCAUUAGAACUAAGAAAAAGUCCUCAGAGAAAACAUCCCAUUUUAGUUUUGCCUCAGAGAAAGUGAAAGUGAAAGUAGGCACAUUGUGGCAAACUCUGCCACUGAAGCAAUAGAGCGAACCCUGAGGCAAUCAGCACAAAGGUGUGAUCCCAAACUCAGUGGCUACCAGUUGUUGCCAUCAUUAUUAUUAACCACUGUUUGAAAUCGAACAGAUGGCCUACGCCUGUGAUGUGGGCCUUAAUCCCUCAAACCAGGACAGGGUUAAGGCUCAUCAGCAGUUCCUUCCAUAGAAGGUCAGAUGAUAUCACCCUUCAUAAUCCCACAGUUUCUGGAUCGUUAACCCAACCCAAUGGAUGGGCACGUAGUCAUUCUACAUGAUAUACAGCCUAAAGCAUAUUUAAAGUUGCUUGAACCAAACUUAGUUGCUAGUGAGGAGCAAGCCACACUUAAACAGACCCUAACAUGCAGCCGAUGCAGGAGUAUUUAUUUAGGACUCUCUACCGGCUGAAGCUAGUGAGUUCUCCUAAUCUAAGUCAGUUGGGGAAGAGUGAGAAAGCCUCCUUGGAGGACAGAGGAACUGGUCCUAAUGCAGUCUGGAACAGCAUCCACAAUGCAGUUAUUGGUGUGUUCCAGAGGAAGGGCUUGGCUGACAAUGAACUUUAUGUCCUAAACGAGGGUGUGAGACAGCUGUUGAAAACAGAGUUGGGCUCCUUUUUCACAGAGUACCUUCAGAAGCAGUUACUGACAAAAGGAAUGGUCAUUUUACGUGACAAAAUCCGUUUCUAUGAAGGUCAGAAAUUACUGGACUCGUUAGCAGAGACAUGGGACUUCUUCUUUGGGGAUGUCCUCUCCAUGCUUCAAGCCAUAUUCCAUCCAGUUCAGGGGAAAGAGCCCUCUGUGAGACAGCUGGCACUACUGCACUUUCGGAACACCAUCACCCUCAACAUGAAACUGGACGAGGCGAUGUCUCGACCCCGCGCCCGUGUCCCCCCCUCCAUAGUCCAGAUGCUCCUGCUACUGCAGGGCGUUCACGAGUCUCGAGGAGUGAGUGAGGAGUACGUCCGCCUGGAGGCGCUGAUCCAGAGGGUGGUGUCUCCUUACCUGGGGACUCAGGGACUGCGCUCUCAUGAAAAUUCACUCUCAGAAUGUUCUUACACAUUAGAGAAGCAUUUGCACUGGUCUUGGUCAAAGUCAGGUGACGCACACGCCAGCAACCCUGUUGUGCGCUCUAAGAGCUACAACAUCCCCAUGCUGACGCCAGUGGUUGAGUACGACUCAGAGGUGGGCUCUCUGAGCAGCGUGGGCCUUCGCCGCCACUCCGCCUGUGAGGUCAUUUCCUGCUUGGAGCAUCCGGACUACCCUAAUGUGGACACUGGUUCAACCCCCAGACUAUCCCUUGAACAUGACGUCCCUUUGCGAGGGCCUUCUGUCCAGCCAGGUCUUCUCUCGUCAGCCAUCUUCCCUCCACAUUGUGCAGGGGCCCUCCACACAGUCAGCAGCCAGCCCUGUCACCCCGACCUGGCCAAGGGCCUCUCCUCACCAGCCAGCUGCUCCUCAAGUCCUGAGACCAUCACUGUUGAAGGUCUAGAUUCCCUGGAUUCUGAUCAGGAUGGGAUCUUCAUUGACUUCUCUCACUGCCGCUCAGAUUCAUAUGGGGCCACUCAUCAGACCAGCUGACCCACGGAUGACAGAUGAUCUCAAUGUUCUCCUCAUACAUUUCACCUACACCCACCAGAAAAGAUGUUAAAAUUUUAGAUGUUUGUUCUCAACCUCAGUUCUCUUUCAUGAGGAUCAAGAUCAUGAUGCAAUCCUUCUUGUUCAUCUUAGUUUGUCAUGUCACUUUGAGGUUAAGGGCAGGGUGCUAAGCUUUUUUAUAGAAUUUCCCAAAAUUCUUUUUCCUCAGAAAUCCAGAUAGAGCUUCUGAUCUUCUGACUUUUCAUGCUUUCUAGUUUUUUAUGAGUUUUGAGGAUAUUAAUUGAUGAAUAAAUGUAAAUGAUGCUUUGUUCAUAUUUCCAUGAAGUUAAAAUCAUGUAAAAUAUUUUGGCCUUUCCUUUUUUAUUAAUGCAGUUUGAAACUGACAUGAAUUUUACACAAUCAAAACAUUUUAAAUAUUGACCUUUGAAUAUUUGAAGUUGAAAUGUGAUUAUUUAAAUUAAGUUAGUCAGUUUGAUAGGUUUUGAUAGUUACUUUAAGGGUAGAAAUUAAUUUCGGGUGUUAUCUUUGCUUCAAGUUUUGCUACAAGUAACGAACCAAACAUAAGAAAUAAAAUUACAUAAAUGUA